UUUUCUGUCUCUGAAUAACAAAGCUGCGUCACCGUUCAGGAGGAGCAACUGUUCAAUCAUAGCCAGGCUCACACACGAGAAUCAUGGCUGGGCAACAUAAUGAACAUUACAUUUACCUCGCCAGUUUCACAUUUUGUAUGAUGUCUUAAUUCACCAGGUCGAGACCGAAAGGCUUUCCUCUGUUCUCCUUACAAGACUAAAAGAAAACUAAGUGUGGCGAUCGAGUCCGAGUCCUACGUCGAUAUCGGGGUUUUCUUGAGACGCAUGAGAUCCAGGAAUAUAUCUGCUUGUUGCAUCCAGGCUACCUGCUCACAAAAGACACAAAAGGAUCUAUUCUGUCAUUCCCCAGCCCUGAUGCCCUUCUUUGAUUCUCAUUGGCUGCUUUCCCCAAUGGGGGUGGAGCUCAGCAUGGGGUAAGAGAGGUGCAAACUGCACACCUCAACAAGACAAGCUCAGGAGACCCGGUCUCUCAAUCAGAGGGCGUGGCCAUGGCACUGUUGUGGAGGAGGAUGAAGGUUCUGGUGACGGUGGUAAUGGUGAACCUCUUUAUCUUCAUUCUGAUCUCCCGAAACAAUGGCCAGGAAAAGGGGGAUCCAAACAAGGUCCACCUACCAACAAAACCCUUCUGGUCCAAGGUAGUCCCGAACCAGGCUUACUGGAACCUCCAGCAGCAGGUUCUGGACCUCCAGAACAACCCCAUCCUGACCGCUAACUAUAGCACUGAUGACCUGCCCCAUUGGCUGAAUGACACGGCCUUGACCUCUGACCCGUGUCAUGCCGAUUUCAAGGUCACCACGCAGGUGAAAGACUACAACUCCCUACCUGGCCGCUUCAAGGACUUCCUUGUAUACAUGCGCUGCCGCUCCUAUCCCCUGCUGGUGGACCAACCUGACCUGUGCAUGGACCCCCCAUUCCUGCUUCUGGCCAUCAAAUCACUAGCGCCACAUUUUGACCGCCGCCAGGCCAUCCGUGAGUCCUGGGGGCGGUCAGGAGUCCUGGCCAAUCGGACCGUGAAGACGGUCUUCCUGCUGGGUAACACAUCGGAGGUGGACCAUCAUCCGGAUCUUUCCGACAUGCUGCGCUACGAGAGCUCCCGCCACCACGACAUCGUCCAGUGGGACUACCGCGACUCUUUCUUCAACCUGACCGUUAAAGAGGUGCUGUUUCUGGGCUGGAUAGAGACCCACUGCCCCGGAGCACAGUACAUCUUCAAAGGGGAUGACGAUGUCUUUGUGAACACCUACAGCAUCCUUCAGUUCCUCGGCGGCCUCUCCGCUCCCAAAGCCAAGGAUCUGUUUGUGGGGGAUGUGAUCACCAACGCCGGGCCCCACCGGGACAAAAAAGUCAAAUAUUUUAUCCCAGAAAGCAUGUAUGUGGGGGUGUACCCGCCGUACGCCGGGGGUGGGGGGUACCUCUACUCGGGGGAUCUGGCGGCCCGUCUGCACAACGUCUCGAAGCGCGUGGCACUCUAUCCCAUCGACGACGUGUACACAGGGAUGUGCCUCCGCAAGCUAGGUCUGGCCCCGGAGAAGCACAAAGGCUUCAGGACCUUCGACAUCGAGGAGAAGUAUCGGGCCAACCCCUGUGCCUACAAGAGCCUGAUGCUGGUUCACCCCCGAACCCCCCAGGAGAUGAUCAAGAUCUGGGCCUGGCUGAGUGACCCUCAUCUGAACUGCCAGUAGGCCAGGCAUUAGCCUUGUUUGUUCCACGUAACGGGGUCGAAACUGCUUUGUGUUUGCUUUGUGUGGACGAUUGCUCACAAUUGCUGGACUUGCAAAGAAAGACUGUAGCCACCGAUGCAAACUUGC